AUGGACAAGAAGAAGGUGAUAGAUACGCAACAAUACAUAGCACGGUGGGCCAUUGAGAAUGGUAUUGCUUUCAAUGCCAUUCAAAGUGAUAGUUUCAAGCUAAUGACAGAGGCUAUUGGGCAGUUUGGUCUACCUACGUCGAGUCGGUAUCGCUUGGGUGGUCUAUGUUUGAAAGUGGAGGUUGCGAGAGUUAAGAACUCCUUAGAGAAGCAUGAAGAUGAGUGGGCCAUAUUCGGUUGUUCCAUUAUGACUGAUGCUUGGACUGACCGUAAAAGAAUGAGCAUUAUGAACUUGUGUGUUCAUUGUAGGGAAGGGAUCUCUUUCAUUUCCUCAAGGGAGGAUUCCGAUGCAUCCCAUACGGGAACAUACAUAUUUGACUGUGUUGACAAAUGCAUUGAAGAUGUAGGGCAGGAAAAGGUGGUGCAAGUUGUGACGGAUAACACUUCUAAUAACAUGGCAGCUGCAAGUUUGAUGGAAAAGAAGCGACCCAAUUUAUUUUGGACUUCUUGUGCCGCACAUACGGUGAAUCUUAUGCUUGAGGCAAUUGGUAAACUUCCAAGGUUCAAGAGUGCAAUUGAUAAGGCAAGGGCCUUAACCAUAUUCAUAUAUGCUCAUCACUCAACCCUAAGCAUGAUGAGAAAGAUGACGAAGAAGCCUGACAUAGUACGACCGGGUGUGACACGCUUUGCUACUAAUUGCCUUUGUUUGUAA